ACAUAGUACAGUAUUGGCGCGAUAUUUUUUUUGUUGAUGCGUGCGCCGGCCGGCGCGGCCGUGCAUACGCAUGCACCGCACCAUACACACUCGUCAGUAGAAAGCCGGUGAAUGGACACGGUACGGGUCGAGGCUGCGGCUGGAGUAAAAUGCUGUCUGUGCUGUGAGGCCACGAGGGAAAGUGUCCGCGAACGAGAUUUUGUGGUGCAAUAUGAGGCUUUGAGAUUCACUCGGUAUGCAAAUCAACACGAUUACGAGUUAUGUAGGCUUGAAAUUGUGAAGAAUAUCGGCAGCUUGCGGCCGUGCAUGGUUCGCCAUCACAUCAGUCGUCUGUAACGAAGAGGAAUAUACUCUGCCAGUGCCAGUACGGCUAUAAAUUCACGCAUUGAAGGUAGGCGGAAUACCUGUUGUUGGUAGCAACAUGGAGAAACUAACACAAACACAGCUCCGUACAAGAAUUGAACUACUACCUACAACACAACUGCCAGUAGUAUUGACAUCUAUUGGAUCGUUGAAUUGACUCAGAGAAGGCAUUUCUGAGUGCAGUUGCACGCACCGAAAAAUUGUGAUCAUUGAGCAGCUUCCCGCCAUUUCCUGUUUUUGGCGUGAACGGAAUUAACCACGCCACUAGUAUGGCUUCCCUGAAUUGACCUGAGGCGCUCUUCCAACCAAACCAAGAACACACGGCACUCAUGAGUAUGUCUGAAAGCUCCUCAUCCGAAGACGAAAUUUCAGUCUCUCCGCCCGGCUACGGAGUCACGUUCAGCAUCGGCGGCCUACCGCUGACGGCCGGACCCUUGCCCGGGUCGUCCAGCGCUGGGGGCCCGCGGGGCUCCCCCAGUGAGACGGUCAACCACCCUGGAGAGCCCGAGGACGAUAACCGGCGGCGUGAGCAGGAGAAAUGGGCCAUGCUUGCCGGUCAGGCCGCUUACAAACUGGAAGCGUACGUCUUCCAUCAAGUGCUGCCUGAUGAGUUUAUCAAACCGCACAUCUUCCCCCGUAACAUCACGGACAUGGAGGCUCUGAUCCGAAAAUACGGCAAGAGCGGCGAGGCAGUAAGGCUGGAAAACGCUAAAGAAAAAUGGAAGCAGCUCAAGAACAAGUGGCGGUGGACUAAAGCACACACUGCCGCCCUCAGCGUGAUAAAGUUCGCCUAUCUGCACAUUUCCAACCCUUUGGAGGUCAUGAUGCGACUAGAUCGGAACGAUGGGGAGAGUUUGACGGAGACGCGACGAGCAUUCCUCAAGGCGCUACCCACGGAGCUCUACGAUGCUGGCAACCAGAUCGUGGAAAUGAUGCACGAUGCAAACCUGCUCAAAGACGAGUCUUCCAUAAACCAAACAUAAAAAAGUUGGUUUUUAUGCCAAAAUAAUGACAUCUAAAAAUAACUAAAUAUAAAUCUAUUCUGUACAUAUAGAUUUAACUUGCUCAGAGAGUCGAAAUGCAUACAAACGCACCUUAUUGUGAGUGCGCAGGGAAUCGUUCAGAAUAAAAAAUUGGUGUUUUUUUUCUGCCUAGUCGUGCGUUUGUAUGCAUUUCGUAUCAACGGGGACGUGUGAUCACUUUAUGGUGCUUUUAACAGGUGUUGAAGGUUUCACCACUGGUGAUUGUGAAUGGAACCUGUAACACCCUUUGGGGACGAAAUUAUACCCACUUACAUCUGUACUCCAAAGACUAUAUACUGGGAAAAGAUCAAAAUUUAAAUGUUGCAUAUUCUUAAAAGGACAAACCCGGCUGCAUUAAAUUGACAUGUUAAAAAAAUUGGCAUAACUUUGGAAUAAUUCUCAUAGCAUUAUUGAACUGUCCAAAUAAAAAGAGAAAUUGCAUUUUGAAAGAAAGUUAUAACAUUGGUAUCAAAAUCACGUUGACAGCCCCAGUUUUACAUUUUUGGUAGAGUGUUCUGAGAUUGCGCCGUGCUGAAUUUAUCUCAGAUGAAAUGCACAUGCGCUCACAUCAUGAUUUUUUUGUGUGAACUGUGGGGGUGUUCGUGAGAGAAAACCGUUCAGGAAGCUUUUUGGAUCGACGCUGCUGCAUUUACAAAAGACAUGUCUUCCAAAAUUGAAGCCAUUAUCGUUUGAUUAGCAAUCAAAGAAGGGUUUAUAAUGCCGACGUUAUGAAAAUCUUAAUGUUUAAUCUCCACCAGGUGGUCACGUUGGCUCUGAUAUGGCGCGGAGUCGGCAUAACCACUCUUUCAAAUUCAUUUGAUCAUCCAUGCCGGCAAUGGUUAUACAUGUCGAUUGUAUCGAAAUCGGAUAUCAGUUCAUGCAGGUUGUAAAUGCAAUUUCAUGUUUUCAAGGAGAGUUGGUAACACUAUUGUAUUAAUGAUUUUUCCUGUUCAUUCCAAAUAUUAGUCUUAAACGGAUUCAAUCACGAGACACUAAUACCUUACGUUUGUGUUGAAUGAGCAUGCCGUUUUUUUUAGGAAUGUUUCAAAAUUAAUGGAAAAAUCUAUUUUGGGAAGGGGAUAUUAAUAUCCGUGACAUCUUUCGUUUCCAUGGCAGCUCUUCACAAAACUACUCUCAGAUUCUUACGUCAAUUAUGAAAUACUGAGUGACAUUCAGGGAUGCUCAAAUCGAAGUAAACAUGAAGCUGAAGUCAUAGGUAUUGUACCCUGUAUCCCUGGGCCUUAUGUUGAUACUUCAAAGAUAAAGAGCCCGCCGACACUUAGGAAAAUAAAUCUGGUUUGGAUAUAUAUUUUUUUAUUUUUGGUUUUGUUUUACCGCGAGUGGAAUAAACAACACAAGUUUUAACACAUACAUUAUAAUAAAGGUACAUUUGGACAAUUUUGUUUAUGGUGAUGGCAUGCAAAUCGGAUUUUUUUUAAGUGUUAAUAUUAAUUCCAUGCAAUGUGCUAUUAAGUUCUUUCACAUCGUUCUGAGAUCAUCCGUCCACCGUGAUAGGCAAAUUCUUCUUAAUUAUAAUUUUGUUGAAUUAUAUUAAAUUAUUGUUUUUAAUAUAUACUUGGAUAAAUUUGGUUGACCUCUGUAAAAUCAAAACGUAACAAAACGCCCUGAUCAUACUUCAAUAAACAUUAUGUCUUUUAAAUGCCAUUUUGCAAAUUUGAUCGAGAAAGUUUCGGCCGGUUGAAAAGAACUUUGUAAAAUGUAAUUUGUAACACUACAAAAACCAUUUGGGUGAUUAUAAACUAAAUGUGUAUAUAUAUAUAUAUUUUAAGCCAAAGGAUUUUUUUGUUUUAAAUACAAAAGGGUGAUCGUAUUUAUAUAGAGAGACUUCCAAUAUAUUUUGUGUGUGCAGUUCUGUAUAUUUUGAUUUUUAUUAUGUAAAGAGCAUCGAUUGAUUUUUAUAUAAUUUUGCAACUUUGUGUUUUGUUCACUCGUCAUUUGGUUCAUGGAUUGUUGCAUCGCUGAAAUAGUUUUUGUUUAAAUUAUGUUUUUAAGACUACGUCUGUUUCCUUCUAACAAGUGGUCCAUGUUGAAAAGUUAUAUAACCUUACACCUUGGUUUCAAAUGCGUGGUUAGUAUAUAAUUGCAUAAUUCAUGUACAUGUAGUAUAUACCAUUACUUUAACUGUGUUGAGGGUAAAAUAUCUCUAUUGCGGUUAUGAAAACGUGCAACGUUUACAUUGUACGUGUAUGCAAGUGCAUAGAAUGUACAGCGGGAAAAUACUCCGGAACACUAACACCAUAAACCUUGCAAAAUAAAAUCUCUGUUAUGUUUUAACAUUAAAAGAAAAGAAAGCAAAAGCUAAACCUUUAAGUUAGACACAAACGUGCAUGCAUGGGUAUCACCUUGUUGUGUGUUGGGUGUAGGCCUGUAUUUUUUUUUUUUAAUGGCGUGACAAUAAAUUGACUUUGUGUUUGUGUUUUUAUUUCAAAACGA